GCAACCGAUAAUGGAUAUUCUAUGGAUAUUUUGGAUAAUACCCACCGUAGUAGCCGUUGAAGAGACACUCAUGGACUCCACCACAGCCACAGCAGAGUUGGGCUGGACGGUCUACCCUGUGUCAGGGACCAGCGACAACAGUUGGGAGGAGGUGAGUGGUUAUGACGAAAACAUGAACACCAUCCGCACCUACCAGGUCUGCAAUGUGUUCGACAACAAUCAAAACAACUGGGUCCGGACCAAGUAUAUCCGGCGCCGUGGUGCACAGAGAAUCCAUGUGGAAAUGAAAUUCUCCGUCAGGGACUGCAGUAGCAUCCCAAACGUGCCUGGCUCCUGUAAAGAGACAUUUAACCUUUAUUACUACGAAUCAGAUUCUGACACGGCAACAAGGACCUCCCCAGCCUGGAUGGAGAACCCAUGGAUCAAGGUGGAUACCAUUGCAGCUGAUGAGAGCUUCUCCCAGGUGGACCUUGGUGGCCGAGUGAUGAAAAUCAACACCGAAGUGCGGAGCUUUGGCCCUGUGUCACGCAAUGGCUUCUAUCUGGCCUUCCAGGACUACGGAGGGUGCAUGUCGCUCAUUGCCGUGCGGGUCUUUUACCGGAAGUGUCCCCGCAUCAUCACCAAUGGAGCAUUGUUCCAGGAGACCCUCUCAGGAGCAGAGAGCACCUCCCUGGUUGCUGCAAGGGGGGUAUGCAUCCCCAAUGCUGAGGAGGUGGAUGUCCCCAUCAAGCUGUACUGCAAUGGGGAUGGAGAAUGGAUGGUGCCGAUUGGGCGAUGCAUGUGCAAGGCUGGAAAUGAGGCUGUAGAAAAUGGGACUGUGUGUAGAGCUUGUCCUUCAGGCUUUUUCAAGCCCACUCAAGGUGACGAGGCAUGCAUGCAGUGUCCCAUCAACAGCCGCACCACCAGCGAAGGGGCUUUUAACUGUGUUUGCCGCAAUGGCUACUACCGCACUGACUCGGAUCCCUUCCAGAUGCCCUGCACAACCGUCCCAUCGGCUCCACAGAAUGUGAUUUCCAGCGUAAACGAGACCUCCCUGAUGCUGGAGUGGAUGCCUCCCCGGGACUCAGGGGGCCGUGAGGAUGUGGUCUUCAACAUCAUUUGUAAAAGCUGCGGUGGGGGUCGCGGAGGCUGCACACGGUGCGGGGACAACGUGCAGUUUGUACCUCGUCAACUGGGCCUCACAGAAUCCCGGGUGUACAUCAGCGACCUGCUCGCCCACACGCAAUACACCUUCGAGGUGCAAGCUGUCAAUGGUGUGUCAGAUCAGAGCCCCUACUCCCCUCAGUAUGCCUCAGUCAACAUCACUACCAACCAGGCUGCCCCAUCCACGGUGUCCAUCAUGCACCAGGUCAGUCGUACCGUGGACAGCAUCACCCUCUCCUGGUCCCAGCCAGACCAGCCGAAUGGCGUUAUCCUGGACUAUGAGCUGCAGUACUAUGAAAAGGACCAAUCAGAGUACAAUUCCACCACCAUCCGGAGCCAGACCAACACAGUGGUCAUCCGUGGCCUCAAGCCAGGCAGCAUCUAUGUGUUCCAGGUCCGAGCCCGCACAGUGGCCGGGUUUGGACGCUACAGCGGCAAACUGUACUUCCAAACCAUGACAGAGGAGGAGUACAACACGAGCAUUCAGGAGAAACUGCCCCUCAUCAUUGGCUCAGCAGUUGCCGGCUUUGUCUUCAUCAUCGCAGUCGUUGUCAUCAUCAUCGUCUGUAACCGAAGGCGUGGCUUCGACAGGGCUGAGUCGGAGUACACAGACAAGCUGCAGCACUACACCAGUGGCCACAUGACUCCAGGAAUGAAGAUUUACAUUGAUCCGUUCACAUAUGAGGACCCUAACGAGGCUGUGAGGGAGUUUGCCAAGGAGAUUGACAUCUCCUGUGUGAAGAUUGAGCAGGUCAUUGGUGCAGGAGAAUUCGGGGAGGUGUGCAGUGGCAACCUGAAGCUCCCGGGUAAAAGGGAGAUGUUUGUGGCCAUAAAAACUCUGAAAUCUGGCUACACAGAGAAGCAAAGGCGUGACUUCCUGAGCGAGGCCAGCAUCAUGGGCCAGUUUGACCAUCCCAAUGUCAUUCACCUGGAAGGUGUGGUCACCAAAAGCAGCCCCGUCAUGAUAAUCACAGAGUUCAUGGAGAACGGCUCUCUGGACUCCUUCCUGCGACAAAAUGAUGGGCAGUUCACUGUGAUCCAGCUCGUGGGCAUGCUACGUGGAAUAGCCUCAGGUAUGAAGUACCUCUCCGACAUGAACUACGUCCACCGUGACCUAGCCGCCCGCAACAUCUUGGUCAACAGCAACCUUGUGUGCAAGGUGUCAGACUUUGGACUGUCGCGUUUUCUGGAGGAUGACACAUCGGACCCCACCUACACCAGUGCUCUGGGAGGGAAGAUCCCCAUCCGAUGGACUGCCCCCGAAGCUAUCCAGUACCGGAAGUUUACCUCCGCCAGUGAUGUGUGGAGCUACGGAAUCGUGAUGUGGGAAGUCAUGUCCUACGGAGAAAGGCCUUACUGGGACAUGACCAAUCAGGACGUGAUUAAUGCCAUAGAGCAGGACUACCGGCUGCCACCACCCAUGGACUGUCCCAGUGCCCUGCACCAGCUCAUGCUGGACUGCUGGCAGAAGGACCGCAACAACCGUCCCAAGUUCAGCCAAAUUGUCAACAACUUGGACAAGAUGAUCCGCAAUCCCAACACCCUGAAGGCCAUGACACCAUUGUCUUCGGGUGUCCACCUCCCCCUCCUGGACCGUAGUGUCCCGGACUUCUCCAGCUUCAGCACGGUGGACGAGUGGCUGGACGCCAUCAAGAUGGGCCAGUACAAAGACAACUUUGCCAGUGCCGACUUUACUACUUUUGAUGUGGUGUCCCAGAUGACAAUGGACGACAUCCUGAGGGUGGGUGUGACGUUAGCGGGCCACCAAAAGAAGAUCCUCAACAGUGUCCAGAUGAUGCGGGCGCAGAUGAACCAGAUCCAGUCCGUGGAGGUUUGA